CAGAAUGACCGGAAGCGGAAGUGAACUUCCAGCACAACACAACGACCUGCUAAGGAAUAAGACAAAAAAAAUAUUCAGCUUAAAUUCGGGUUUUAAUGAAAAGCAUUCAGCUUAAAAGUUUAAAUGACAAUAACGAACAGUGUUGUGCUUGAUAUAUGUUUUAUCGUUUAACUAAAAACUACAAGUUUAUACGGAUUAGCAUUGUAGGCUUGUCAGGCUAAUAAAGGCUAAUAAAGUCACUUUGGGCUCGGUCCCAAAUCACAUUUGUGUCUUUAGGUAGCAGGUAUAGGGAUUGUUGUAUUAGACAGACGCGAUAUUCAGUGUGCUAGUGCUCGGUUUAGGACGUGACCCGAUCCAGAACAAAAUCUUGCUGUAAACAUGUCUGUUUCUCUGAUGUGUAAGUCUGUGUUGGGGUCACGUCGAGCUUUACACGCAUUUCAGAGGCGUUUUAUUAUCGACAUGUCGUAUUCGAAUCACUUCAUGGAUUAUAAACGCUCAUCAAUACCGAGCAGCAUGAAGAAGAUGAUGGUAAUGAAACUGAGCCCCAACUUCCGUCAAGCUGUUUCCGUGGAGACACUUCCGGUCCCGACCCCGCGUAGCAACGAGCUGCUGAUCCGGAACCGAUACAUUGGAAUAAACGCAUCUGAUAUUAACUACUCCGCUGGCCGCUACGACCCCUCAUUGACCCUUCCGUUCCCAGUAGGGUUUGAGGGUGUAGGAGAAGUGGUGGCACUGGGUUUAAGCGCCAGUUCCCGCUUUACAGUGGGUGACACGGUGGCCUAUUUAAACGCAGGCGCGUUUGCAGAAUACACUCUCGUUUCUGCGCAAAAAGUGAUUCCGUUAAAAGAGCCGCAGCCAGAAGCUCUAGCCGUGAUUGUGAGCGGAGCGACCGCAUCCAUUGCCCUGAAGUGCCUUGGGGAAAUAAAACAGGGGGAAAAAGUGCUGGUGACGGCUGCUGCCGGAGGAACCGGACACUUUGCUGUCCAGUUUGCCAAGAUGGCUGGGUGUCAUGUGAUAGGCACAUGCUCCACCCGAGAGAAGGCAGAGUUUCUGAAGAGCAUCGGCUGCGAUCGGCCAAUCAACUACAAAGAAGAGGACUUGGCCGCGACGUUACGCAGGGAGUAUCCUAAAGGUGUAGAUGUGGUGUAUGAGUCAAUAGGGGGCGCUGUGUUCGACCUUGCUGUUAACAACCUGGCGCAACAUGGGCGCCUGCUGGUGGUAGGCUUCAUCUCAGGUUAUCAGAGCAAGUCAGGCUUGCAGCCCAUCAGUGGAGACACAAUUCCUGCCAAACUCCUGCAGAAAUCAGCCAGCAUAAGAGGCUUCUUUCUGGCCCACUUCCUAUCAGAGUACAGUGAGUGCGUGCAAAAGAUAAUCCAGAUGCAGGAGAAGGGGGAGAUUUUGUGCGCCAUCGAUAACGGACAGAUGGAAAAAGAAGGUCGAUUCGUGGGAUUGGAGUCAGUGUACAGGGCAAUAGAUUAUAUGUACGCUGGAAAGAACCAAGGCAAAGUGGUGGUGGAGGUGAAUCCCGACAUCUGAGGACAGGAGUCACAACAUCAUUUUGAUGAAUAUGUAUCCAAGAUUUAUUUUUAUUAUUUACAGAAUAGAUGUCUUAAUAUACUGUAUAAAUAAAUAAAAAAAUCUGUUUAAUCCAA